AUGCUCAAUAAUGCACCAUUUACGCAAACAUUCCCGCCUGCGUAUUAUGGAACGCAAGGAUAUAAUACUCAAACACAGCAAAAUCAACCUAAAUUUCGUCAAAAUCCAUUUGAUUGGAAAUUAGUUUCCAAAUUCGAUCCAAAAUUACUUCAAGCAACUCAAGAUGUUGAAUCAAUGAAUGAAAUAGCAAGUGAAUUCUUAAAUGCAAUAUUUUCAGAUGAAGAUAUGAAUAUUAUCGGUAGUCCUCCUGUUUACACACUACUACAAUUGCUUCAGGUUGUUUUGGAAUAUAUGUUCAAAACGCAAAAAGAAUCGCAGUCGAGUUAUAAAAAAUUAAUGAAAGAAAAUGAAAGAUUAACAGAAGUUAACGAAAGAUAUCACAAAAGAAUUCACAAACUCUUCGAUGCGUGUAAAUUACUUCGUGGUAUUGAAAGAUGCCCUACUUGUCAUAGAAUAUUUCCCUCAUUCAAAACGUUAGAUCAACAUGUUGAAAAGAAACAUCCUGAUAUUGUCGAUCAUUGGAAAUCAAUUCGUGCAGGCGAGCCAAUUGGCACUACAAAGCAUAACGAUUUUCUCGAAAAUGAAUUAAAGAAGAUUCAAAAAAUGUUAACAGAUCAAAAUGCUACAAUCACUAAAUCAUCAGAACAAGUUAGAAUGGCAAUGAAUGAAUCAACUCAAACGCCAAAGCCGAAGCUUAAUCCAUUCGUCAAAACUCAAGAUCAAAAAACUUCGCCUGUUGUUGAUGAAAAUGAACAAAUUAAAGCUCUCGAACAGCAAACACCUAAAAGUAAAACAGCUCCUCUUAAGCUUAGCGACUAUCCUGAGCCACCUCCACAAACAGUUAUGGCGGAUACUGUCACUUUGGAUGAGGUUAAAGUCCUAGAAAAUCAGCCUAAAUCAUCUGCUCCUGACAGCAAAAGUCUUACAACUUCAACACGAAUUCCAGAAGGUUUGCGUCAAACUGCCAAAGAGUUUAUUACUCGGCCAAGGAUUGUCGAUAGACAAGAUAUGGUUCUCAGGAACUUAAGAGAACAAAUCAGAGCUGACGUACACGAGCAAAGUACAAUUACAAAGAUUAUGGCAAAAUCAGGUGAUAAAGACGAAGUCAAAGAGAUGUUGAAAGUUUCAAUGAAACAAAUAUAUCCGAUGACAAGAAAGAAUGGAACCAAUAACAUUGCAGACUUAAGAAGACCACCAAAGAGAUACACACCAGAAAUUCAUGAUUUAAUUCUUGAAAUCUCAUCUGAUGCUGCUACUUACACUUCUACAACAUUCAUUGAAGAUUUGCCUUCAGAAUCAUCAUCCAAAUCUAAGUCUAAAUCCAAAUCAAAGAAAUCUUCUUCAGAGCAUUCAUCUUCCAAUUCAUCAGAUUCCGACAAAGAAAAAUCGAAAUCAAAGAAGAGCGAGAAAGAUCAAAAGAUUUCAGAAAAAGGAAAGAGUCAAUCAGAGAAAGGUAAAGACAAUAAUCAAUCCGAAAAGAGUAAGAAAGAAGAGAAGAAACCUGAAGAAAACAAACCAAAGGAUAAACCACAACAAGAGUCACCUGAAUAUGAAUACGAAUAUGAAUAUGAAACUCUUAGUGACGAGCCUAAAUUCACAUCUAAGAAAGGUCAAGCAGAACCAUCCAAAUCAGAUGUUUCUAAAAAGUCUGAUUCCAAACCAGCUAAAUCAGAUGCGUCUAAAAAGUCAGAUGCGAAACCAGCACCACAGAAAUCUGAUGCAAGUAAAAACGAAAAGAAACCUGAUGCUAAUAAGAAACCUCCUCCAAAGAAAGAAGAAUCUCCAGAAUAUGUCUAUGAAUAUGAAUACGAAGAGGAAGAGGAAAUUGAAGAACCACCGCCAAAAUCUAAAGGAAAAGCACCAGAAAAACCAAAGCCUAAAGCUAAAAGUAAUUCUGAAUCAUCUGCUAGUUUAUUCACUGAAGAUACAACAAAACCAAAGAAGAAAAAUAAAGAUAAGGAUGAUUCUCCAUCGUUUGUAUAUGAAGAUACAACAAAACCAAAAGGUGGAAAGAAAUCACAAAGUGAGGCAAAGAAAGAAUCAUCAUCAAAAACAAGUGAUGACUUCUUAGAUUUGUUGUCUGACGGUUUCAAGAAUGAGAAAAAGUCAAGCUCACCAAAACCGGAAAAGAAGCCAGCUCCUGCCAAAUCGAGCAACCUUGAUUCAGAUAUUAAUGCUAUUUUAGCAGAUUAA